AUGAGGAAAAGUACAAACAUUGUAGUAGAAAUAACAUCCAAAUUGAUUGUUGAAGAAGCUAAAUUUCAUGAUAUACAGGAAAGGAAGGUGGAGUUGCAGCAAGCCAUUAUCAAAAUGGAGCAAGGAGGCAGUGCAGAUGGUAAUCUUCAGGGAGACAGAAGGGAAAAGAAGAAAGAAGAAACAAGAACUCACAAUGCUCAGCUGCAUGCUACCAUCUCAGUGGUUGCAGUGGCUUCUGUUGUGGCAGCCAUUGCGGCUGCAAUGGCUGCUUCAUAUACACCAAGCAAGGAUGAGAGGAUGGCCAAGAUUGACAUGGCUAUAGCCUCUGCAGCCACAUUUGUGGCCAUGCAGUGCGUCGAGGCUGCUGAGGCAAUGGGGGAUGAGAGAGAUCACCUAGCUUCUGUGGUUAGCUCAGCUGUCAAUGUCUCCUCUCAUGAUGAUACCACUACUCUUACCGCUACAGCUGCAACUACAACAGCUCUAAGAGGAGCAGCUACCUUGAAGUCAAGAGCAUUAAAAGAGGUACGAAAUAUUGCUGCAGUGACACUGUUACGAAAGGCAGAGGAGGGAUUGAAAUUUGUGGCAAAGCUACUACAAAUAGUCAAAUACCAGCAACAAUACCAGCGCAAAGGUAACAGAACAUCAAUCACAAAUGCUGCUGCCAAUGAUGUGUUACAUAUUUGCACAGACUUACCAGCAUGGCUAGGGAGACAUCUGCUUGAUGAUGGCGAAAAGCGGAAAUACUUUGGGUUAAAGACAAAUGCAAGGGGGAUUGUGGAGAUUGAGUAUAUCUGGACUCAAGGGGUCUCAGGCUUCUUUCCAUUGUUGCACAAAGACAAAAUAGAUUUGGAAACUGAUCCAUGCAUCUUACAGAAUUACCUAAUUACUAUUAAUUGA